GUCCAAGUGAUGGGAGCUAACCCACCAUCAGUGCCGCUGUUAAUGCCUUCCAUGAUAACAUCACAGAACCAGCACCCAACAGUUGCUUCCCCUGUCCACCUCCUACAGAACACGUCAAUGUUGCCUCUGAUGCAGCGACCGCCACAGUCAAGCCUGCAGCAGCAAACUCAGGCGUUAGGAGCUGGCCGUUACAUCAUUCCCACCACAUUUGGUGCAUUCAUAGGACCUGGAGGGCCGGUCUGA